UAAACUACAUGUGUUUUGUGUGCAAAAAUCUAAAUUUGUAAAGUAACUAGUAACUAAAGCUGUCAGCUGAAUGUAGUGGAGUAAAAUGUUGAAUAUUUCUCUCUGAAAUGUAGUAGAAGUGAAAAGUGGCAUGAAAAGAGAAGACUCAAGUUAAGUACAAGUACCUCAAAUUUGUACAUAAGUAAAUGUACUUAGUUACAUUCCCCUGCUGCUGUCGUGUGAUGUGUGUGACCUGAGAACCAGGCCCCCAGGGGAGUUUUUGGACCAUGUUAAGCCCCUCAAAAAGGGAAUUUGUUUGCAGAAAAUAAUAAUUCCUUCACUUUCAAAAGGGCCUUCGUCUCUGUUGCUUGGGCCCUAAAAAUGAUGAUAAACAAAGAUUUUGGAGUUUAAGUUGUGUAAUGUGUUUGACCCUGAAAUGCAUGUGUCUGUUUCAGAAAUGUCUCAACUUUUGAACGUGAGUAUGAAAAUCCCUGCUCGACUUCUCUGAAAGCGUUUUGUCAUUUUCCACAGAAUCCUGUCGGACGACCUUUUCGAAACCCGCCGUCUGGGAACCAGAGAGAUGGAGGGAGAAGGCAGCAGCCACGGGGUAGCCAUGGAUUCAGGGAACCCCUUGCUGAGAGCAGUCUUCCUCCGUCGCCUGCGACUCACGCGGCUGCUCCUGGAGGGAGGCGCUUACAUCAACGAGAGCGACGGCCAAGGCCAGACGCCGCUGAUGGUGGCCUGCAGGACGCAGCAUUGUGACGCCCAGAGCGCCAGCCGGGUCAAGCUGGUCCAGUUUCUCCUGGAGAAAGGAGCAGACCCCAACAUCCAGGACAAGGAGGGUCGCUCUGUACUGAUGCACGCCUGCCAGGAGCAGGCCGGCCUCGAGGUUGUGUCUUUGCUCCUUGACAACGGAGCGGACAUCGGCCUGGAGGAUCAGUCCGGGAUGUCGGCGCUGGUCUAUGCAGUCAUGGCCGGAGACUGGAAGGUUCUGAAGCUGAUGCUCGACACGUGCAAGGCCAAGGGGAAGGAGGUGAUCAUAAUAACCACGGACCAGUUCCCGUGUGGAAAACUGCAAGCCAAGCAGUACCUCAACAUGCCUCCCCUUGGUCCUCUUGAUAAGACAGCAGCAGCUCCUGCAUCUCCCUCUGAAAUCCAGCUCAUCACCUCCCCACAGUGCACCUCCACUUCUUUAUGUCCCCCAAAGACUGUCUUCCCCUUUAAAGAAGCCCAGCCCUGUGGCGUAAGCUCCCAUCUAUGUUCCCCAUCACGGUUUCAAAGGCUGCAACCCCUCUUGAGGUUGAACUCUGAGCCGUGGCUCAAGGUCCCAGCGUCUUCGUCGUUAGAAUAUGGCAAAGACGUCACCCCAACGGAGGACCCCACUCUCAGAAUUCCCAAAUUGGAUGGCAGGACUCCAACCACCGACAGCUUCAAAUGGUACGAAGGAAGAUCAGUGCGGGACAAAGGAGGAGAAGAAGGAACGAAUGAAUGCCCAAAGCACGUGGGGCAAAAGAUAUCCGUACCAGGUCUCCUUUCAUCCCACUCUGCCUCCCACCCUAACCUCCAUUCUGCAAACCUGGGAACAGAUCCUCUCACCUCUUCUUCCUCCUGUACUGGUGGCAAAAACCUUGGCGGUCCACUUCACAGCUUGGCCUCUUCAAGCCUUCACAGCAUCAUCCAGAGGCGCAAAAUCGGGUCGGACAUCUACAGUUCUGACCCCCAGCUAGCUAGAGGCAUCCAUAAUCUGCCUGAGGAGUCCGAGCAGAAAACACAGGACUCAAUAGAUGCUAAGAGGCACGCCCCGUUACAUUUCUCCGGCACGCUGGGCUCCAGGGAGUCCCUGUCCACCUCGGGCCCGAGCAGGAGAGUUCUGUCUGGGUACGAGCGCAGAGGGUCUGGGACUUUCUUGUUGGACCACAGCUCGCAAGCCAGGCCUCGAUCUCUGCCACCACUGACCCUCGGCUCCACCAACACCCCCGUCCUUAAUGUUUACAACCUCACCUCUGGUGCUGGAGGUGGUUUCUGUGAGAAAGAGUUUGGCCUGAAGAGUUUCCUUCCCUCCGCUCCUCCGGGACACCCCAAAGAGCUGACCCGGAGGAUGCUGCUGAGGAGACACUCCAUGCAGACCGAGCAGUUCAAAACCUCAGUGUGAAUUUCUGUAGUUCAUCCGCAGUUCAUCCGCGUGCUUCAGUGAGAAAUGUUCUGUCAUGUGGCGUGUCAGUGUGGUGAAAUUCAACGUGGGAAACCAAAGAGGGAAUAAAAGAGAAACAAAGCAUCCUUUAUAAACCGAUGUAACGCACCAUGGGGGGCUUCUUCUGCUUCAGUGUGCUGCGUGGCGUCGCUCUGCACGUGGCUUGAGUGUGAAAGUUUUACAUGUAACAAUUCCUGAAACCUGUGUUAAGACCGUUUGGCCACUCUGUGACAACGGAAACAAUUUAACAGCUGUGACUGACGAUUGAUUUGCCGGGCGUGUGUAUGGGCGGGACUACCUGGCAGACUGGCUCCAAAUUGAUAAGAUCACAGCGCUUGUAUCCGGGAGAUUUUGGCUUUCCUUUUGUACAGUGGGAGGAAGUAGAGACACAGCAUCUUUAUGGACAUUCAAUGAUACAGAGUAACAUCAGUACU